UGGGCGUGCACUACUUUUAAGACGACAAACGCCGUGCAGCUGCAGGGAUAUUUAGCAACACCACUGUCCUACAACGCCAACUGCAGCGACAUCCUCGACGAAGCAACAGUGCCGGGAAUACGGAGCCUGGCCAAUGUCUCUGUCAUUCAAGGCUAUGCCUUCACUGUUUGGGCUACGUAUGAUGAAAAGGAAUCUGAGAAAGCUACAACAUAUAUGCAGUUUACAACGGAUGCCCCAGAAAUUGAGAUCAGCUGUGUGGUGAAUUGCGGUGCUCGAACGGCAGUGAGCAGCGACUACAAGCUGGAAGUGUCGUGCGUGUUUUGCUCUCAUUACGAGUUCAUAAAGGCCAAAGUGGUUUGGGAGCUUAAACUACAUUUAAAUGUUAGUACUACCCCUGAGACAUUCCAAGAUGUGCCAAACUUUCAAAGCUUUACGGAAACACUAGUGGAUAAUCAUGCUGCACUUGUCAUCAAGGCAAACACCCUGACAGCUGGGGCAAGGUACCGUUUGAGUGCUCGGAUGAAAAUUGAGACUCGUGAUGCCGAAGGCUGGGCAUUCCAGAUCAUUCACAUGAACAGUCCACCAUUUCAUGGCACCUGCUAUACAACGCCACAUGAGGGCAUCUUGACCUCCUUAUUCCAAACGACGUGUAGCGGAUGGCUGGAUGACGGGUUUGAAGAUAAGUAUCGGACAGACAACAGACCAUUUGCCCUCACCUACAAACACUACAUCAAGAAUGGCGAAGAGAUAAUCCCAUUUUUUCAAGGAGGUGAAGCCACUAGCCCUAGAAGCAAACUUCCCAUAUUGUCUGAUGAUAAUAGUGGUCAAUACCAGAUAAUCACUCGGAUCUACGACGUACAGGAAGACUAUGCUGAGGUUAUGCAUACUAUACAGAUAACCGUUACCAGUAGGAGUCUAGAAGAAGCGGCCGAGCAGGUGGCCACCGAUAAGCCGACAGACUACGCCUUCGAAAAGAGUUCACUGAAGAAGCAACUUCUUGAAACCGUAUUCUCUGCUGUUGUGCUACAGGCUGUGUUGGGGAGAAACUUGACCUCCUUCGGACAAAGCAUGAUUUGUUCAACUUCAAAUCUCACAAGUGAAAGUUAUGAUCCAGCGGUUCUUCUGCCUGAGGAGUCAAUCUUUGAAAAGAUCAAGGUCAUGGAGGAGAAUCAAAAGAAACAGGAUACCAAAAAACAGGAGCUGUCCCAGGAAAUGAGGAAACUGAUAAAUCAAGUUCAGGGAAGACGCCACGACUAUGAAGACCUUGAUGGGUAUGGCAUUGAGGCUCUAGGAGAGACUCUGUACUCAGUGAUGUAUUCUGAUCACAAUAUUGAUCUAGAAACAGCAGACAUAGGAUCAGAUGUAGCUGAAGAAGGGGCACUCAAGCUGUUGAACCUGUCCAGUGCGUCCAUCUUUCCUAUAGGCGACAAACUUGAUGAGGUUGUAGCUGGUCUGAUUGGAGCACUGGACAAAACCUUGGCCCGUACUACACCAGAUUUCCACCACACUUACCUGCACGUUGAAAUAUGCACAGAAGGACUCAAUGCCGAGGAGAAGCUUUACUUUCAAAAGCGAAUUAUGGAUGAGCGAAUGGCUUUGAAUAAACAGAGAACACAAGCAGCCCAAACGACGGUGCCGAAAGUAGAGGACAUCAUUACCUACCUGUGGAAGGUGAUGCUCAGUAGUGAGGUGAUGGGCCAACAUAUGAAGAAAGCAUUCAAAAAGGACCUCGCACUGGCCACUGCUAAGAUCAGUGCUCGUGCUGUAAAAGGUCUCCAUUUUGCUGGUCGGGAUUGCUCCAUUAUUUUCAAGGCCGAGUUCAACCAGUCUGAGAAUGAUAAUCGGAAUUUGAAUGUUAAGAUGAGUGAAGUAAGGAAGAACCCUUACACAUAUGCUGAGGAUGAUAGUGCCCAUGAUAUAUCACCACCAGUGGUCUCUUGGCAGUUGGAAGAUGAGGAGGGACACCUCCACUCAGCGGGCAAGGAACUCUCAUUCAACUGCACGAGGCCCAUAUCAAAUGGUUCUAUAGGAGUAUUUUCUGUGAAUAAGACAAGGCAAGGAGAAGAAGGAUUAUGUCAUCACAAGUUCCAGCUGAAGAAAGACUCUGAGGUCAUUUUUGUCUUUGUUGACAUAGGGAACAAGACUACCAAUUUGACCGGCUAUUUUAGGUACGACGAAGCACCAACGACGUACGGUAGCAAUGUGGUGAAGCUUGCGUCUGAACCUGUGGUGGGAGACCUAAGUAUGAAUGGGUCCGGUAAAAGUUUUGUCAACAGAUUCUUCGUAAAGCCGUUGACCUUCAAGAGAGGCCUCAUCUAUGUUGGUUUGGCUAUUCCUGAGGGCGUUGAUGAGUACAAGUUCCUAGUGUACACUGACAGCUGCAGGGUCUGGAACAGAAACCAGAGCGUGUGGACCAAUGAGUCUUGUAAAGUAUCCCCUCUCUCUUCCCUUGGGAAUACUGUGUGUGACUGUUUUGAUGCCCCAGACUACACCUUUGGGUCUUCCUUCUACAUUCCUCCUAAUCUCAUCGACUUUGACCUGGUCUUCAAGAAAUUCGAUGCUGAGAAUGCCUCUGUGUAUGGAACCCUUAUCUCACUGUUCAUUGUCUUUGUAUUUUUGGCUGUGUGGGCUCGAAGGAAAGUGAAAGAGGACAUAGAUAGGUGGCAGGUGGGUUACCUUAGCGACAACCUGGGAAUGGACAACUACUAUUACCUACUGACCGUACACACUGGCCUCUCUCGUGGUUCCGGCACCUCUUCAAGGGUCAGUUUUGUUCUCACUGGAGUCAAUGGGGACACCGGUGUGAGGCUUCUCACAGACGGGGAACGACACCUGUCGACGGGGUCUGUUGUGACCUAUGUCAUGGCAACGCCAUAUGACCUUGGAGAGCUGAGCUAUCUCCGAAUCUGGCACGACAACUCUGGUGAAGGUCAAAACCAGUCUUGGUAUCUCAACAAAAUCUAUGUGGAAGAUCUACAAACCAGGACUAGGUCUGUGUUCUUUGGUAAUCAAUGGCUUGCUAUGGAUCAAGAUGAUGGACGUUUAGACAGGAUUAUACCAGUGAGCUGCAAGAAUGACCUGAUGACGUUCUCGAGGCUGUUCUCUGAGCACAGCCGAGUGAACCUUACGGACAGUCAUACGUGGCUGUCUGUGAUCCUGUGUCCAGAGAAGAGCAUGUUCACUCGCGUCCAGCGGCUUGCCACUUGCCUCAUGACACUGCAUCUGGCCAUGAUCGCCAAUGCUCUUUUCUACAAGCCGGAGGAUGGUGAAGGCGUCUCCUCUAACUCUCCUGGCCCAGAAAUCCAGAUUGGCCAACUCCGCUUCUCUUUGACCACUCUGUACACGUCAGUCGUGAGUGGGCUCAUCACUGUUCCUCCAGUUCUCCUGGUGGUUUGGCUUUUCAAACAGCGUCGCCCAUGGCGCUCCUCAGAGGCUGAUAGGAGCAGAAGGCUCAGCUCACACCAUGGAGGAAGCACGGUGCCCCUGGAGGGAAACUUGUCAGACUCGAAGGCAUCCCUGAACAUUCCUGAUUCUUGUGAGGCCAACCUGGUCUCUCGGUUCGACAAGAACCCCCUGCCGCCCUGGUGCCUCUAUGUUGCCUGGACCAUUAUGACUAUCACGAGCCUCUCCUGCUGUUUUUUUCUCCUCCUCUACUCCAUGCAGUGGGGCAAGACGGUCUCUGAGGAGUGGCUUGCUUCAUUCUUCUUGUCAUUUCUGGAAAGUGUUUUCGUCUUAGAUCCUGUCAAGGUAAUUCUGCUGACCUGUUUCCUGGCCUUUUUCUUAAGAAACCCCCAUGAAGACUAUGACUCUAGAGUGUCGUUGGAAACGGUCUGUUUGGAGGCCCCAGGACGCGGGUGCCAGGAUAGAGGUUCGAUCCCUGUUCCCCCUGCACCUGUCCCAGAUAGAGAAGUGGUUAAGAUGCGCAACCAGAAAUUACAAGAACAAGUGGCAGUUGGAGUCCUGGUGGAACUCGUGCUGCAUAUCAUUUUCAUGUUCUGUCUUUUUAGCUUUAGUUACAGCAACAGAGAUGAAAGAUCCUUUCAGUUUCAGGAUCAUGUGCUUGAGAACUUGUUCAGGAUUCCUAAAAGGAGAGUCAACUCUAGGGCUAGUGACUACUUGCUGCCAUGGAGCAAGGUGCUCACUCAUCAAGAUGUCUUCACGUGGCUCAACACAACCAUGACUACGCGGAUGUUUCCUGCGUCUUUUCUUUCCAGAAAGGAACUAUCACUGGAAGAAAGACAGUUUACAGCGGACAUGGCAAAUUACCGUGUUGGACCAGUGAGGGUACGCCAAGUCAGAACCCGACAAAUGAUGAUGUCAGACAUCCACGUUGACAAGAUGACGAGCCACCCUGAGUACCUGGUUGGAGAAAAACAGUUUUACUGGCCUUAUGACAUAACGUCUGAGGAGACGGGGAGCUACUGCAUGGGUUGGCAGCACAAACCAUGCUCUUUAGAUAAAGAAUACAUCGAGUCUGCUACGCUGAACUCUUGGGUUCACAGAUCAAUUCUUGAUGAAAAUUCCAUCCCUAUCAUGGGCAAGCUCCAUCUGUACAGUGGAGGGGGCUACAUCACAGACCUUGGUGGAUAUCAUGACAUCAUUCCGGAUGUCUUCAUCAGCGAACUCUACGAGAACCGCUGGCUAGACCUGCAGACAAGGGCAGUGUUUAUCGAGUUUUCGCUCUACAACGUGGAUGCUAAUCUGCUGGCCACUGUGAGACUAGUGGUAGAGUUUCCCGUGUAUGGAUCCGGCUUCCCUUGGGUCGACGUCCGAACUUUGAGGAUCUACCCACAUGUUGGGCCUCUCGGAUCUUACAUACUGAUGUGUUCUAUUAUCCUGGUGAUUUCUUUGAUUGUAUUUUCUUUCAAGGUAAUGAAACAACUAUUCAGAGAAGGCCGUUUGUUCCUAAAGAGCUUUUGGGGCACCAUGGACCUAAUGAUUGUCCUCUGUUGCAUUGCUGCCAUAGUCUUUUACAUCUUGAAAACAAAGCUUUCAUCAGAUGUCAUGGGCAGGUUCAAAGAGAAACCAAAGCUUUUCGUGAACUUCUAUGCCCUUGCUAUAUACGACGACAUUUUUGGCUGGACCCUGGCAUUUAUUGUGUUCUUGAGUACCAUGAGGAUCAUGAGAAUACUUGGUUACAAUCAGCGUGUCACAAUGAUAGCUACCGUGUUGCAACGGGCGGGAAAGGACCUCUUCUCUUUCUCCUUCCUCUACCUUUUGAUGAUUGGUGUCUUCGUUAUGUUUGGCUACAUGCUGUUCCACUCAACGGAAGACGACUUCAUGUCUCCAUGGAACACCUUUGUGACUAUUGUGUACUUGCUGCUGGGGAAAAAUGUUAUCAAAAACCUAGAACAAGCUCCACCUGUUCUUGUACGGAUCUACUUCGCGCUACUUUCAUUCACGCUCGUCUUUGUUUUGAUGACUAUGUUUCAGGCUAUUCUGAACGCCAGCGCCACGCAGGUCCGUACAGAUGCGCAGAAUGCCCCGGAGCCCUACGGGAUCAUUAAUGUCCUGCAGAAAAUGUACAACUCACUAGUGGUCAAUAACCGAUUGCUUGCCUUCCUGAGGUGUCCUAUAGGCAAAAGGCAAAAUCAAAGGGUGUCUCCAGAAAAAAAUCAUUGGAUGUUUGGAGAACCAGAGACAUCAGAUGCACUUGUUGUCUUCACUAUGAUGCGAGAAUAUGUGCACAGGCUUAAUGGA